CAUGAUCGUUUAAUAAACAAAUCCCUUUAAUGGGUUUGGGAGCAUUUUCUGUCCCUAUCCUAAUGGCCCAUCAAACACUCACAUCGGCUAUUGCCAAGCUUGUUCACAGCCUGUGUUUGGAAAAUUAUCCCUGUGGCCAAGGAGGCUGGCAGUAUAAACCACAUUUUGGAGAAUCUGAUGACCUCAGUAGUGAGAUUGGAGGACUUGUUCCCGAGGAGGAGAUAAGUAAUCGGCUAGAGCUCCUACAAACCCCACUGUCACCAUGGCGAGAAGAAGGCAGCUGGAGUCCUCAGGUGUCAGUGCUGAAAGAAUUGGCAGUGAAGACACAAAACUACCUGAACAGUAACUUCAUAUAUUCAUUCUUCACAACUCUACGUGUUGUGGACAAAAAGGUUACAAUCAUUGAUAAGAGAAUGUUGCUGUUUGACAGUCUGGAAGAGCUGGUGCUGAGUGCUAACAACAUUACUGAACUUCCUUCAGAGAACCUCCCGAAGAAACUACGGGUUCUGGAACUUUAUGGCAAUCAGAUUUCCUGUCUCAAGAGUGUGAACACCCAUCCUCCUCCUCCUCUCCAGCAUCUAGGCCUAGGACACAACUGCCUCGGCUCUCCAGAAGACAUCCAGUACUUUACUGCUAAUCUUUGGCCCAAGCUGGUGUCUCUAGAUCUGAGUUGGUCUGGCUUUACAGAGCUGUAUGCGCUGGUGGAGACUCUGUCAACAUUGCCCUGUCUACGAAGUUUAAUUCUAGAGGGCAACCCUCUGACACUAACACCACUGUACCCGGGCUUUGCACUGGACAGCCUGUUCCGCUUGCUCUAUCUGGAUGGAACUCAAGUGACACCAGAGACCCGCCAUCGUGUCAAUGGCCUUGCACAACUCAAAGGCAAGGUUUGUACAGACGCUGAUGUCAUCGUGAGUGUUAAAAAGAUACGUGGCAUUCCUGCUCUGCUGCUAAAUGAUGGCAUACCUGAAUUCCCCCUCAUCAGUCACAGCUAUUCUGUCUCCUAUGAAUUUCUUGAUCGACUUCAAUACCAAAAAAAUAUUAAAAUGGAGGGUCAUACUUUGGCCAAUAUCCCUCAGAAUCCAAAACUGGAUCUCUUCAAAACAAGUGGAGAAGACCAAAAUCAAGACCUUGGCAUUCCAUUAGUGAUGAACAGUACUCCAAAGCAAGGAUGGGCUGAGGUUAUUGAGUUUAACUAUUCCAGUACACAUCGUAUCAGCAACCUUGUCACUCUCAAGAACUUCUUUCUCAGAGGUCUUUGGCUAACUGUGGAAGAGGAAAAGAUUCUAUCAUGGCCUGCACCUUCUGCAGAAGGUACUGGAGCCAAAACAUCAACAGAUAAGAAAAGAACAGAGGGUCAAAAAUUAAAAGAUAAGAAGAAAAGGGAAUCCAUCCUCAACUUGAUACAAGAAGCACCUGUCAAACGAACCCUUGGUGUGAUUCAUGUGGAACUCAAAGAUCUGGUAGGAGGAAAGGACAAAAUUCAAGUGGAAUGUGACUUAGGGGUGCUGUUCAGUGAACAGACCAUCAAGACUGCAGUAACCGCAGAAAAGGAAUAUACCAAUAAACCCAAAGAAGAUAUGAAAGAGGACAAGAAAGAAAAGUCAAGUGGAGAUACAAGCGGUCAAAGGAACAGAGCUUCUUCAAAAGAAAAAGGCAAAGGGCAGAAGGACAGUGCAACUGAGGGCCCAGAUCAUGAAAAUAUCCCUUCCAAAAUGGAGCAUCUAAUCGUGGAGUUCAGCAUUGAACUGGAGAAAUGGUCCUCUGUUGACCAAUACCUGAAGUCAAAGAAAUAGUCAAGCUCUGUACUUAAUGUCCUUUUCCACUCGGCACUGCAGUGAUGUUUCAAUUAUCUUUUAUAAACAAUUAAAUACAGUGCUUUUCCUCGGUGUUAACAAGAGCUCUUAAAUAUGUGUUAAAACUCUUCGCCCCUGUUCCUGUGCUGGGGUAAGAGCAUGGAUGUGUAGCUAGCUUCUGUUGGAACUUUAAGUGAAAUGAUACUUGUGCUGCUCAUGGCAGAAUCUGCACUACUUAUUGUAGUUUGCUCUCUAUUUUCAAAAGCCUGAAAAAUAUUCAGUUGUUUUCUUUUGCUCAUUUUUUAGGCUAUGUAUUUGCUUGU